UCUCUGCACUGCGCUGAAUGGUGACCAGGGUCUGAAGCAGACAGGAGGGGGAGGACUGGACUAACCAGCAUGGAGCUCCACUCACCCAAAAAGAGCUGAAUAAACAGGUCUGCACAGCACUGCAGCAAAGACUAGACACACAUUGAGGAAGAGGGACAAAAGGAGGCAAAAAAGGAAAGCAAGGUUGAGGCAGGUGUUUUGGGUGAGUGACAGGAGCAGUUGGGUCUGAGAUCAGUAGUUGAGGUCUCAGGAUGUCCAGGAGCAGCUCUGUGGGGGAUCUAGUGCCUAAAGACAUUACUGAGAUCCUGGCUCUGCAGACCAGUAAGAAGAAAAGGGGCUCAUCCCUGAGCCGGGUAUUCAGCUGGUUCAAGGGCAGCAAACGCAAGAGGAGUGUAAGCAAUAUGCAAAGCAGGACAGGAGGCCUGUGUGGACGAACAGGAGAGAGUGCUACAUCCAAUCAGAUUCAUGCAAGUAAAGAGACAUUUAAAGCAGGACAAAAGCAGGAUGAGCAAAGCAAGCUGACUGUACACUAUACACCCUCCCAGCAUUACCAGGAGAAUGUGUUCAUUGAGGGUAGCAGGCCACAGUAUCUGGAGGACCUGCAUACAGAGGCCCAGGAGGGACUGAAGAUAUUACAACAGGAAGAGCACAAAAAUGGGGUGGAUUUUCAGGAUGAUCAGACUGUGCCAGAGGAAGAUGAAAGUUCAAAAGAAAGACAUGACUCACUUGAGACUGAUAACACUCCUGGACACUAUAUCAUCUCAGUGUCUACUGUCUCAGCAGUGUCUGCUCGUCCAGUGCUUACACGCCAAGGUUCUACAUUUAAGCCAUUGGACCCAGUUAAAAGACUGGACAAGACCAGGAGGAGGAGUAGAAGAACAACUAUCAUGGGCAUACCACAGCAAGUCCAGAGAGAACUUGACAUGACAAGAGGAACUAUACUUCAGCAGCUUCCAAAUGGAAAGCAUGAUUGUGAAGAUGAUUCAUCUGGCUCUGUUGUAAUCCCAACAUUUGAUGGAGACUUCCCUUCGGUGAAUCAUGAAGGGGCUCGUGUACACCUGCAGAAUAUUGAAGUCCUUCAGACAUCACUUGACGAGGAGCUCCUAAGGCAACACAUCCAGUCUGUUUAUGACAAUGACUUGUCCCUAAACCGAAGGUUUGGGCCAGGAAUGUGUAAUGUGCAGAGGCCCAAAUCUCUUGCUGUGCCAGGAAUGACCACACACUCUUUUCUACAGGAGCUUCAUGGUCCUGUUAUGUCUAUCUCACCACAAGCAACCUAUUUAUCCAAGAUCAUUCCAAAUGCAAUUAUGCCUGCUGCAAUAGAUGUUAUUGAAAUUAAUCGUGGUCACAACCGGCGUAGUUUAUGUAGGGUUAGCAAGAGUAGCUUAGCAUCAGCUAGUCCAGCUUCCUCACGGUCCAGAGGUGGUACAAAUGCAGGUCUACCUACCAACAGCCCCAACAGGAGCCAUUCGCAAUCAUCUGAGACUAUUGUCUCCAAUUCCUCCACUAUCUCUUCAAAAGGAAGGGGUCCACCAAUAUGUGUUGCUGACAGCACAAAAGAAGUCUCAGAUUUAAACCCAAAAGACGUUAAUGUUGCAAGCUCAAACAGUUGGAUCAGUUCUGAUGGUACAUGCACAAGAUUGCAGCAUGGAGAUUUGAGCGAUGAAGGAGAAAAUGUCAGGAAUAUCAAUUUGUUUUCUCAAAGUCUCUCCGUGAUGAAGACAAAACUACCACCAGCACCACCACAGAGAACCUAUUCUUUGCACCAUGAAAAACUUAAGCAGAGAUCAAGGGAAUGUGUAGACAUAAAAGAUUUUAAUGAUAUGGCAAAAAAUGAUGGGCAAAUGGGUAAAAAUCUCAGCAGUCCAAAAGAAGGUAAUCAGUCCACCAAUAAAGAGAAGAGCUCUGUUCAUUCUUCAGUGCCUAGAUCAUCAAAAGACUUCCAGUUAUCUGUAAAAUCCAGCACACAGAGUCCUGAUCCAGCUUUAACUGGAAGUCUUGCUGAAUCAAAUAACUCAUCUCCACAGAAGAUAGCAACAGCUGAAAAUAAAUUUGAUAGGACAUUGUCCCCUUCAAGUGGAUACUCAAGCCAAAGUGGCACACCAUCACAUUCCCCUAAAGAGGUCAGUCCCUCAUCACCUGAGAGGAGGAGAGUUCAGCCUUCAAAACCAGAGAGAGCAGGUGUACGGACCUCUCCUGUGGUCUCAAUCUCUUCAUCAAUUACAUCUCUGUCUUCAGUCACAUCGGACACAGGACAUCAGGACACUCAAACCACCACUACUUCAUCAGAGUCAUUAAAGCUCACCCCUCUAGUUACAAUAGUGCAAAACAAGGUGACACCCACACCACCAACUGUCAUCCUUAGGGAGCUGUUCAACAUUCCCUCUCCACCUAAAGUAAAAGCCCCCUCUCCACCACCCCCUGAGACCUGGAUUCACAAUAAACGCACAUUUGAACUAUUAUGUGGCCCAGGACCAAACCCUUAUAGGUUACAUCAACUUCAAAAACAGCAAAAAGAGCCAUUAACCUGUACAAAUAAAAAAACAGAUAUAGUACCUAACAAUGACCAAAUGAUUACAGAGAAACAGACUCCAGACAUAGACAGAAAGACUGGGACAGAGAACAAACGAAAUGUUUUAGAAAAACAAAAUGAGUCUGUGCUACCACAAGGGCAGAAAGAAAUUAUGGCAGAACGUCCAGCACUGAGGUAUAAUGAAAGCUCAAUGUUACAAAGAAAUGAACAAGUUAGUCCUCACGUGAGGGAGAACAAUCAGAUAAUUCAGAUAGAUGAUCGAAAUGUAGAAAACCGAAGCAAAAAAGGAAGUCAACCAUUUCCUAAAAGGGAGUUACCAACCAUUCAAGUUGAUCAAAGUAUGCUGUCAGAAACAUACUGUGAAAAAGUCAAUAGAGGUGCUGAAUUAGUGAGCACAACAUCCAUUCCAAAGAGCGAUGAAACUGAUGCAGAGAACCAAAGAAACUGCAUUGUUCAGGACAUUUCAAAUCAUAAACCAAUGCAAAUGCUUGAUAUAGAAGUACCUAAGGUCAAUGGCAUUUCUCCAUCUCCUUCUCCACCUCCAGAACAUCAUCCUCCUCCACCACCCACUAAAAUAUCAUCAGCUUCCUCAGUGUCUAUAUCACCAGCUCAUGAGGUGGAACACAGGCAAGUGACAGAAGAGGCUCCUUCACUGGAAUCUUCUUGGCCUCCUCCACCACCACCAAUGGAUUCAGCUGACUCAAUGUUUGAAGAACCAUAUGAACUUGACUUCCCCCCACCGCCUCCCUCAUUCAUCCAUGAACCUCUAUCAGAGAUAUCCCAUGAUUGCCAUGAAGAAUUUUGUGAACAGCAAGCCAGUACAGAAUUGGUGUCAUCUAAUGCCAAUGAUAUGGUCAUUAGUGUACAGAAAAGAUCAGAGAUAGAUACUAUUCUCACAACAAUAACUGUAAACAAUUAUACUGAUAUGGAGGAUAGGCAACAUGACAACCCACAGUGUUGUAACAAUGUCUCUGACUUCUCUAUGGACCACGUUCACAUGGAAAAUACAAAUGUAGUCCCUCCUAAAAUGUCCACUCUUUCACUUGAUACACAAGCAAACUCCACAAAUGUGCCUCUUGCACCUCAUCUGUCACUGGAAGACAAAGCUACUGUUAACUUUAAAAGACAGCAGAACAUUGUAACCAAGGAUAACAGGAGCAAAGAACUGCUUUUCAGACACAAGAGCACACCUAUUCCAAAGGAGGAUGCCAACAUUCCACUUGUCACAUCUUCCUUACUUCAGAUGGUGCGACUACGGUCUGUAAAUGUUGGUGAAGAUCAAGUAAACAAUGAUAGCCUUGAGGCCACAACAAAUGAUGAUCAGAAUAUCUCCAAUCAAGCAGCACCACAAAAGCCAAUUCGAAGAUCCCUAACUUUGAAAUCUAACCCACCCACAAAGUCACCUUCUGCCACAGGAACUGUCCCAUCCUUGCGUCUACAAGAGGCCAUACGUAUGAAAACUGCUGCAAUGUGCUCCAGUGGAGUUCCAGCAAUGCUCAACUUACGCUUAUCCUCAACUACUAGUGUAAGUUCCCCUGUUCCAUCCCCAAAAACACCCGAAAGCUGUGACUUGCAUAAUUCCCCUGCAUCUACUGCCAGUUUUAUCUUCUCCAAGAGCACAAAAGUUGUCAUCGAAACACCUACAUCUCCUGAGGCCCAGGCAAGCCACCAACAGAAUCUUGCAGCUGAGAUAAUUCAGGUUUCCAACCAAGCAAAGAUGAUGAUUACAAAUGGAACAAGAAAGUCAAUAAAGGUGCCGCCACCUGUUGCUAAGAAACCAGCGCAUGCAACAAAUCCAGCAAACAAGACAGUAAACAGAACAACCGAUAAGACAGAGAGCUUGACAAAUGAACAAAGAGUGAAGGUUGAAGUUAAUGGGCAAAGCAACACAGUGCAUCCUGCUGGCCAGCAUGCACAAGCAUCAGGGACCCAGGAUAGAGCAAGAAGAACAGAGACUGCAUGCUGAAGAGUUGUGAUGCUUGACUUUUGACUAGGCUCUUCAGUCACAGUCUGACAAAGACAGGAAGACAAAGAAAGUGAUGGAAGCACAAGUGAGAGCUGAUGAAGGAUCCAUGGAUACCAUAGCUGUCUUAAAAGCCUUAGCCUGGAAAUGGCCUUUAAAUGUAUGCAAAAAGGUCCCCCCACCCUACCCUACCCCCAAAACCCUUUCAUAUAAUAGCUUUAUUACAGCUUUUAAAUAUUUUUCUAAAUGAGUUGUUUGCUCUGGGAAAAGUCAUUUUGAGAUUUCUGUGGCUAUAAAUGGAUUUUGUACAUUAUCAGGACUGCAAGUUUGCACUGACAUCUAGUGUUAGUAAUCUGCUACUGGCAAAAAAUAUCAAACCCAUUUUUAUAAUUUUCUGACAUCUCCAAAUAUGUUAUAAUUUUCUGACAUCUCCACAUAUGCUUUACACUCUGUUCUCAAGCACAGAUAUUGAUUUAUAGAAUUUAAUGAAAGAAGUUUAUUGUACUAACAACUUUAAAUAUUUAAGUGCUACUGCAAUCUACUUUCAGAGUUUGCUUUUAGCAAAUAUGUAAUUAUACAUGUACAGAUCUGUCAUAUACGUAUACAUUCUGCAGUAUGCUGAACAUGACUGACACAAAACAUGAACAUUACACAAAAUACAUUUACAUAUUGACUUCCUUAGAUUAAAGCACUUUGUAAGCUAAAAUGCAGCAUUACUUUCUGUUGGAACCAGCAAAGCAGUGAGAUUAUAGACUGAUUACCGCUCUUAAGACUGAUAUAAAAAACACAUAUGUAGCUGUUUACUUAAAGGCAGCAGUGAAGAGAAUUACUACUCUGUUUUAAAAUAGUUAUGCAUUAAAGAUAUUUAUAGAUUUACCCAGUUAUGACUGUUUUCAUGUUUUUAAUGUCAUCUUUUUAGGCUGGACACAGUAACACUCAACAUCAAUGAUUUGACUAUUCAAAUGUAUUGUAUAUUUUCAAGCUUGCAAAACCACUAUUUAUU